CCGGAAAGGGGGCAGGUGGAAUGGCCGGUACGCCAGGAUUUCCGGAAACAGUGCGGAACAUCCACGAAGUGAGAACGAAAAAUCACAAGGAACAAGUUUCCGGGAACGGCACGGUACAAAAUCCAGGUGAGAAAGACACGCCGGGGUUAAAAAACCCGGGCGGUGGGGAACAGACAUCAGGCAGGACGGGCGAUUCCGAAAAAGGGACAGAUCUUGGACCUGCUCUGCCAGACGGUUCAGAUACAACAAGCCUUGAGCUUAGUACGAAACAGGAACCAAGUGGGUCAGGUGAGUCAGGGGGUUCAGGUGGGCCCGCUAACCCAGUGCCACAAAUUGGGACGGUCGGUUCGGUGUCGUCACAAAUUCAGAAGGAAAAUGCACUAAGUACUACGACCACCACGACGACUACUGCGCCACAGGCACCAAGUACCACUACGACUACGGAGGCGUCAACCACGACGACCACCCGCGCACUGUCACGUCUUCGCGAAAUCGACGGCAGCCUCAGCAGCUCUGCGUGGGUGUGUGCCCCGCUGCUGCUCGCAGUAUCCGCGCUGGCGUGCACCGCUGUGGGCUGA